AUGGCGCAAAAUGAAAGUAGCAUAUUCCAUCUCGAAUUAAUAAGACAAAAAAAUCUUUCAGAACAAGAAACCAACAUACUCUACGCAUUUGCCUACGGAAUGCAGCCUGCUACACCAGAAACCGCGGCGGGGGCCGCAUAUCAGCUUGACUGUUUAUGUCCUCCUCUUGAACAGCGCCACGAAUGCAACGACUAUAUAUGGAUGGUUUGGUCGAUUAUGCUUAAUAUAGCUAGGAGUCCAGACGUGACAAGUGAGGUGCACAUGCGUCUCGUGAGCAUUGUUGAAAGCCUACGGCAAAUUGCAAAAGGGGACUUGGAGUUUGGUAUCCACCGACGUGUAUGGGGAGACUUGCCUAUGCUUCCCAUAUGCAUAGACGCGUUCUUUAGCGACCCUACCACAGACCCAGAAGAAGAGUUUACUCCAAAGUCCGCACAGAUAUGGCGAAACUUUAAUUCCUUCGCGGCUCGAUGCCUUAGAGCGGGUAUAGCGGGUCCCUACACCCUAGUGAUGCACGUUCUACGAUCAGCACUUGAGGAGGAGCUGGACACAGUUAGUGAGGUAGGUAUUGUGGAAUGUAGAGUACAGGUCGCCUGUGAAUGGAUAUUUCACGACGCUAAGCUUCUUCUCUUGUGGGCCCAGGAAAAUAUUGGCUACGUAGAUGUCCCAGUGGAAGAUAGUGCAUGCUACAUUGAAGGAGGCACUUUGUACCAUGGGCCAUCUACCAUGUGCCUGCGGCAGUGGGGCUUCUGGCUGGCCAGGUUUGAAGAGCUUGGAAAGGAAGAAUCUAACUUGAGCGAGGAGACUCGGAAGGCUGCACUCGAAGCCGCAGAGACUAUGACAACGAUCGAAAGAAGGGUAGCCAACACGUUGUCAGAAUGA